GCUCCUCAGUGAGCGACUGCAUUUAGUCGAUAACUGUUUUUGAGCCGUCAGCAACGUUCACUUAUGUUACCCUACAACUGUUGCACACGCGUUUUCUACAUCAAAUUGUGAUGCAAAAUAGAUUCGUGCAAGAAUACGAAUGUAACUUACUAUGCUGUUGUUUGUUAAGCAGUUGUACGCCAUUAUCAUUUUCGUGCUGCUAUUUUCAUCGUGGUUGAUUGAGAACGUGUUAUGUUACGAGCAGGUAUUUUCGUGCGAUUUUGAGACGGGAAGUAAUUGUACGUUUAAGCAAUGGUAUUAUCCUUCGGACAAUUUUGAUUGGACCCAGUGGCAAGGGUCAACUGGUGGAGCAUACUCUGGUCCUAGUAGCGACCAUACCUAUGGAAAUAUUUCAGGUAACUACAUGUAUACGCAGUCGAAUGCUGACAAGAGGGGAGAGAAUGCUAUUCUUCAGAUAGGUGAGAAACUAAAGUUGUCGGCGGGAAGAGGGGUGCUAAGAUUCUAUUACCAUAUGGAAGAUCGUGACGGACCAGAUUCACUAGGUGAUCUUAAGGUUUACGGUUGUUACCAAGGUGGUCGUAACAUUGGCGAGCCAAUGUGGACACGGUCUAAAUCACAAGGGGAUAAAUGGUUGAUGGCUGAGAUCGUCUACGAGUGUCGGGGAGAAUUCCAGGUUUUAUUUGAAGGUAUACGUGGAACUCGUGACAGCGACAUAGCCAUUGAUGAUAUUCUUUUACUUGACCUUUCUAUUGAUGGUAGGUACAUAUAAAAUUAAUGUGCGAUG